CGUCACUUCCCAAAUAUGGGAAAACCGGAUUCAAGUCAUGACUUCCGCCUUCCACAGGCAUCUUCGAUCAAGAAGUCGUCUAGUUCCAAAAAGCAAGCUGAAAAUCAGACCAAGAUUAAUUCAGAAAGUGAUCCGAUCGUCUCCACCAUGGCUUCUAAAGGGUUGUCGCACUUCUUUGCUAAAGAUAAGACAUUUCGACCAAAAAAGAAACUUCGCGAAGGGACAAUGCGAUACGAACUACAUAAACAAGCCAAGGCAUCUCUGCGAGCAGGAAUAUCACUACAAGACUGUGUCAGACUGCCACCAGGCGAAGACAUGAAUGACUGGGUCGCUGUACACGUGGUUGAUUUCUUUAACCGCAUCAAUCUGAUAUACGGUACAGUGGCUGAGUAUUGUACAGAUGCAUCGUGCCCUACAAUGUCUGGUGGCCCAAGAUAUGAAUAUUUCUGGUGUGAUGGUGGACGAUACAAAAAGCCAACAGCUGUUCCAGCUAAAGAGUAUGUUGAGCUUUUGAUGGAAUGGACAGAAAAUCUGAUUAACAAUGAGGAUAUCUUUCCGGUUGAUAAAGAUGUACCAUUCCCCAAGCAGUUUUUACCAGUUGCCAAAAAGAUCCUCACAAGACUAUUUAGAGUCUUUGUACACGUUUAUAUUCAUCACUUUGAUAAAAUACAGUCCCUUGGUGCGGAAGCCCAUGUGAAUCAAUGCUACAAGCAUUUUUACUUCUUCAUAACCGAAUUCAAGCUUGUCGAGCCGAAAGAGCUUGAGCCCUUGAAAACGAUGACAGAAAGAAUAUGUAUUUGAUAGCAAGACACGGAGGCGUCCACAUACAAAUUAUGGAUACUAUUUUUUAAAAAAAAACGUUUUUAAUGUGUAAUUAUUAUAUUUUAUCCAAGUUUGCAAGGGCGGUGCUUACCAUACGGUAAUAUGCAAGCGCGAAAAUAAAAAUCGCUCACAUUUUUUGUGAACGACAUAUUUAUUGCCGCGUGGGAUACAACAGGGUAAGCGUGUCUAAAAAGUAUCUGAUUAUUCUGAUUUUAAGCUAUAGUUGAGGAAUGUUCUGGAAUUGCAGAAUUCAGUCAACAAUCCUGACAUUUUUAUAUGAUUUUAAGGGAGAGGGUUUAUUUGAGAAAAAAACACCCUCUACACCCAUAAUUUGGGCGUCUUUUAACUUACAUCCCAUUCAACUUUAUGUUAAUCAUAGCUUUACGGCAAAUAAGUUAUUUUCCCUAUCAAUGAUAAUGACAAUAUCAGCUAUUUCUUAGUGUCAGCAGUCACCCUUCUAAUUAAAUGCAAUUGUUUUUAUAGGAAUGUAUACUGAAAGGACCAUAUAUUUUUCAGAUUUUAAAACAACACACACAGAACUUGAAUAAAUAGCAAACCUUGUUGCUGCGAACAUGACAUCUUUUUUGUUUAUUAUGUUUUCGAGUCCCCUUAGCCCUCUUUCACUGGAUUAUCCUUUUUUUAUAUGAUUCUUUUAUACAGAAAAGCGAUUUUUACCUUAUUUUUAUCGAUCCCCCAUUCUACAAAGUAUGCCCCCGGUGCGCGGUGUAUCUUGGGCACAUUUUCAAUGACGUGACGUUUAGUUACCCUAGAACACCAAUGAACCAUCUUGUGUUUUUAUGACUGAACCAUCUUGUGUUUUUAUGACUGCAAAAAAGAUAAAGCCUAGUUUCGUGAGCGGUAUUUUGUUGUUAUUUUCAUCGAUGAGAGGUUCCAUUUGUUGUUUGAAAUACUUUAUGUGUAUUUAUAUGAUUUUUCAAAUAAAAUUCUCACUUUCAAAUAAAA